AUGCGUCAUUACCCGCUUCACCCGGAUAUAAUCGACAAAGGACCCCCAGAAAGUUCCAAUAUAGGCAGUGAUGGACCCCCAGAAAGUUCCAAUAUAGGCAGUGAUGAACCCCCAGAAAGUUCCAAUAUAGGCAGUGAUAGACCCCCAGAAAGUACCAAUAUAGGCAGUGAUGGACCCCCAGAAAGUUCCAAUAUAGGCAGUGAUGGACCCCCAGAAAGUUCCAAUAUAGGCAGUGAUGAACCCCCAGAAAGUUCCAAUAUAGGCAGUGAUGGACCCCCAGAAAGUACCAAUAUAGGCAGUGAUGGAUCCCCAGAAAGUACCAAUAUAGGCAGUGAUGGACCCUCAGAAAGUACCAAUAUAGGCAGUGAUGGACCCUCAGAAAAAAGUACCAAUAUAGGCAGUGAUGGACCCUCAGAAAGUACCAAUAUAGGUAGUGAUGGACCCUCAGAAAGUUCCAAUAUAGGCAGUGAUGGACCCCCAGAAAGUACCAAUAUAGACAGUGAUGGAUCCCCAGAAAGUACCAAUAUAGGCAGUGAUGGAUCCCCAGAAA